AGACGAGCGCUCAAAAUGUCUGUGAAGCCGGAGGCGGGUUCGGAGGGAAGCUGGUACGGGGAUGAUUUUGAGGAGAUUGAUCGCUUUGAGAGUACCACUACCGCCCGGCGUGAUGACUUGGGAGAGGGGAGGCAGAUGAGAGACUGGGAGGACGAGUCAAGUGAAGAGAAACAGUUUUCCAGCCAUCCCGAAAGCGACCGGCAACCGCUCCCUGUUGUCAUGGAGACUUCUUCCACAGAUAAAUCAGAUUCAAACUUCCAGAAGAAUUCCACUGAUGACGGGGAUGACCUGUACACCUUCCUCUUGUCCAAUCAAAGCUAUGGCUCACAUGAAGACCCCUCCUACUUUUCUGGCAGCAUGGGCAGAUCUGGUGACAAACAUACAUCCCGCACUGAUGACUUCAUUUCUGGAUCCCAUUCCCUCACGUUGACCUCGGACUCCGGCAUCGAGAUAAAAUCCAGUGCAGACCCGACUAACAGCUCUCACAAGAUACAUGACUCUGAGAAAGCUUUUGACUCUUCUUACAACUACAUGGACAUCAGCCAGAAAGAGGACUCCUGUAGCUCACAGCGCCCCCUGGAGGACUGGAGGAUGAGCGGCCUCUCAGAGCCCACCCAGUACACUAAACUGGAGAAGAGCCCAUCACCGGUAGAAGUGGAUGUGGAGGACAUUGGCUCUGCAGAAGUUCUGGACUCUCAGACCUUCCCAUAUGUAGAGGAACCAUCUGAUGAAGAACUGUCAGAUUAUCAGCCCUAUAGGUCUCCAGGUACCGGCAGCAGUGCCAGUCCAGUAAAGAUCACUCUGACAGAAAUGCCACCUACAUCUGUAUCGCCCACCACAGUCCAGCACAGCCCCACAUUUACAGUGUCAGAGAAGGAGAGUAUCCUGAGUCUUGGGCUGGAGGGAGUGCCCACCGUCACCCUCUCAGAGCCAGAGGAUGAAAGCCCUGAGUCAUCUACACCCCCUACAGAAGACUCUGACUCUCCAUCAGAACCGAAUAUCCUGGCUGGUGAAACUAAAAUCAUGAGCUCCUUCCAAGACAAGACUCAAACGUCACCCACCUCACCCUCUCAACCUGCUUCCAUGCAAGACAGUUCUCCAAAUGAAUUGAAGACUUCUCCUCCAAAACCCACCUUGCCUCUUUCCUCCCAGGAUGUCAAUGGUGGCAGCGCAGAAUCUGGCGACUCUGAGAUUGAGAUGGUGUCUGAAGAGCCUAGUCCACAAGCUCCCAGCUCUGGCUACAUGAGCUUCAGUAAGAGUCCCAGCACCUCUCCAUCGACCACAGCUACAGCGCCUGUCCCGUCUUCUACUCCUGUGUUUGCCCCAAACCCUACUAUGCAGUACAGCAUCUUGAGGGAGGAGCGUGAAGCAGAGCUGGACAGUGAACUGGCUCUGGAGUCCUGCGGAGAGGAAAGUCCCAAAAAAUUGACCCACAACUCCACAAAGGGCUUCAAGGAGAGCCCACAGCUGGUCAAAAAACCCACAACCCUGACUAAUGCGACUAAAGAACCCAUUAUGACUCCCACUACACCUCCUCCGACCGUUCCAGCCCCAACCAGCGGUCCUAAAGAGAAGACAUCCACCAUGGAAGAGAAGCCUAAACCCAGCAGCACAACCCCCAGUCCCAGCCUGCCAGAGCUGAAGGUGGAGCAUCCUGCUGGGGAGGUACACCAGAAAGAAAGAAGGCGCUCCAGUCAAGGCCGCAGGGGCUCUGGAAGAACGACUGUACCGCCCGUCGUUUUCCAGGGUCUAUCCAGGGAGAAAGCGAUGGAGCUGCUGUACUGGAGGAACCUGAAGCAGAGUGGGCUGGUGUUUGGCAGUUUACUGCUGCUACUUUUCUCCCUGACGCAGUUCAGUGUGGUCAGCGUGGUGGCCUAUCUGGCCCUGGCUGCCCUCUCCGCCACCAUCAGCUUCAGGGUCUACAAGUCCGUGCUGCAGGCUGUGCAGAAAACAGACGAGGGACAUCCCUUCAAAGCUUAUCUGGAUGUGGAGAUGUCACUGUCCCAUGAUCAGAUGCAGAAGUAUGCAGAAAACAUCCAGUAUUAUAUCAACAGCACACUGAAAGAACUGCGCAGACUGUUCCUGGUGCAGGAUCUGGUGGACUCACUAAAGUUCGCAGUGCUGAUGUGGUUGCUGACCUAUGUGGGUGCCCUCUUCAAUGGUCUCACUCUUCUUAUUAUGGUGGUGGUGUCCAUGUUCUCGAUGCCUGUGGUCUACGAGAAAUACCAGGCACAGAUAGAUCAGUAUCUGGACCUAAUAAGGACCCAAGUCAACUCUGUGGUAGGAAAGAUCCAGGAGAAGAUUCCUGGGGCCAAACGAAAGGCUGAAUAGGCCCUUUUGGAGGAGGUUCUGAGCCCCAGACCGACCCAUUGCAGGGAGAGCUGAAUGAUGAUCAAGGGUCCCUCUUUGUACACACACACACACACACACACAUAUCAGAAAUAAACAUCACUGGAACAUAGUUCUUCUUUGUACACAUUGUGAAGUCUAGAGCAAUGGCAAAGCUGUGCAGGAGAAGUCCCAUCCUCACCUUGUAACCAUAGAAAAAAACGAAGAAAAAAAAAAGUAAAGCGUGCUGUUUCUCAAUUCAGGAUCUAGUCAGAAGUACAACUACUUGAUGAAUUGUAGAAGUAACCAUGAAACAUAUUAUUCAAAUCCGACAAAAAAGACUAGAUGUGAUUUUUGUUUUAUGUGUUGCUCAUAAAGUGCAUGAAGUCAAGAGUCUUAAGUGCUGAUGAAUUCUCUUUUUAUCUUUGAAGUUUAUGUGCUUUCUCAGCUGUGCUGAAAAUCUCUGUAGUAUGUGAAGGAUCUCCAGCUUUAUUGCUCUCCAGUGACACUCUCUUCUUGAAAAAAUAACAAGCUUCUUUGUGUCUAGGGCGUUGGGUGGGGGCUGUAAACAUUGUUAACAUGCAGUAAUCGUCAUUGUCAGCUAGACACAUGGAUCUGCUGAGGUUCAUGAUAUCUGGGCACAAACGCAACUAUUUAGCAAUGUUCUGAUUAGAUAUGGUCAGCUCACUAUAGCAUUACAGUAUGUUUCUUUUUCGUAGGACUCCACUACAGAGAUUCAUGUUUUUUUGUGCUGUCAUUUAUCUUUGUUCCUGAAAAUGAUACGAAACAAAAGAGAGGGAGGAGAAGGAAGCUUCUGUGAGUGAUUGCCAGCUAGAAUCUGUCAAUCUUUGUACUGUUAAGUGUUGUUCAUCUUUUAGCCAUUGACUCUUAACUAUUUGCACUUAAGCUGUACUCAAUACUGAAUGCGAAAAUAAAUGUUCUUAAAUGUA